AUGGUCUCCACCUUUCCUUUAUCCCCUCCACCAUUUUUCUGCUUCACCUUUGAAAUGAUGAAAGGAGGGUUCCAAGUGGUUCAUGCGAGUACUCUAGAUAUGAUCCAGCCUCAUCGUGAACCUAUAUGGGAUUUCACUACCACCGCUGUCCCGAGGCAGCAAGCACUCGAGACUCGCUGCGCACACUCGGAGAGAAACGAACUCUCCGAGUGGGUCGAACAAGUCACCAAGCAACUCAUUGAUGACUUGCCGGCCGAGAAUACCGAAACGGAUGAUCACCGUGCCGCCUUGCAGGCGGCUGAUACAUCAUCGGUUCUCGGUGAUUUUAGGAUGAUGAAAAGUGUCAGAGGUUGCGACGAAGAGGUUCGGUUCGAUGAGCGAUGUUUAAGCUUGAUAACGCUUCUUCUAGAGUGUGCGGUUGCCAUCUCCAUUGACAACCUCGGUGAAGCUCGUAGAAUGUUGCUUGAACUGACCCAAAUGGCUUCUCCCUAUGCUCUUUCUUGUGCCGAAAGGGUUGUCGCGUAUUUCGCUAACGCCAUGUCUAGUAGGGUUAUUAAUUCGUGGUUGGGGAUUUGUUCUCCCUUGAUUAACUUCAAAAGCGUUCAUUGUGCUUUCCAAGGGUUCAACAAUGUCUCCCCCUUCAUCAAGUUCGCUCACUUCACCUCCAACCAAGCCAUCCUCGAAGCGUUUCAUCGGCGCGAUCGGGUUCAUGUUAUCGACCUCGAUAUAAUGCAGGGGUUGCAGUGGCCGGCCUUGUUUCAUAUUCUCGCGACACGUAUGGAAGGCCAUCCACAUGUCACCAUGACCGGCUUUGGUACUUCGAUGAAGCUUCUAGUGGAGACCGGUAAACAGCUCUCAAAUUUCGCUAAACGACUCGGGAUGUCAUUCGAAUUCCACCCAGUCGCGAAGAAAUUCGGGGAAAUCGACGUCACUACUGUACAACUCCGAAGAGGGGAGACGCUAGCGGUUCACUGGCUACAACAUUCAUUGUAUGACGCCACGGGACCGGAUUGGAAGACAAUGAGACUAAUCGAGCAAAUGGCUCCUACAGUUGUCACAUUGGUCGAGCAGGACCUGUCCCAUGGUGGAUCAUUUCUAGACCGGUUUGUCGGAUCCCUGCAUUAUUAUUCCACCAUAUUCGAUUCACUCGGGGAGUACUUACCAGCUGAUGACCCCAACCGGCAUCACAUCGAGCAUUGCCUUUUUUAUAGGGAAAUCAACAACAUAUUGGCAAUCGGGGGGCCAGCGAGAAGCGGGGAAGAGAAGUUCAAGCAAUGGAGAACUGAGCUCGAAGCAAGGAAUUUCUUAGUGCAAGUGCCGAUGAGCGGCAACUCGAUGGCGCAGGCACAGCUGAUACUGAACAUGUUCCCUCCGGCUCAUGGCUAUAGGUUGGUACAAGGAGAUGGCACCCUUAGGCUCGGCUGGAAAGAUACUAGCUUGUUUACUGCUUCGGCUUGGACAUCCCAUUCCUCUCGGUAG